GGAUUUUCACUGUUUCCCUCCCACGUCAUAUCCCCGGAAAUGCCUUCCAUCGCGUCGCGACUCCUGGCCGUCGGCUUGGCCGUGGUGGCCGCCGCCUCGUCGGCGCAGAACGACAGCCUGGUCACCCAGCAGCUGGAUCUGCAGCCCUACCCCUAUGACUUCCCCAAGCUGGGCACCAAUGGCUCCGAUCUCUUCCCCAUGCGUCUCUGCCAUGGCUUCAAGCUCGAGGAAGCCAGCAUCGACGAGAUCCAGGCCGAGCUAGAGGCCAAGAAUUUCACGGGGGUGCAGCUGCUUCAGUGUUAUCUCGAGCGCAUCUACCAGGUUCAGCCUUAUGUCAAGUGAGUGUUCUCCAGAAUAAUAAAAGCCUGGGGCAAGGAUAGGGCUAAAGUGUCGAUGUGCACAGUGCGGUCAUGCAGCUGAACCCCGAUGCGGUGAGCAUCGCCGAGGCGCUGGACGCGGAGCGGCAGGCGGGCACAGUGCGCGGUCCCUUGCACGGAAUCCCCUUCUUGGUCAAGGAUAACAUCGCCAGUAAGGACAAGAUGGAGACCACCGCCGGUAGUUGGGCCCUCGUGGGCUCCGUCGUGCCCCGUGACUCGCACGUCGUGCACCGUCUGCGCGAGGCCGGGGCUGUCCUGCUGGGUAAGGCGACGCUCAGUGAGUGGGCGGACAUGCGGUCCAACGACUACUCCGAGGGGUACUCGGGCCGUGGUGGCCAGUGUCGCAACGCGUAUAACUUCACCGUCAACCCUGGCGGUAGCAGUUCCGGCUCCGGCGUGUCCAUCUCCACCAACCAGGUGCCUUUCGCGCUGGGAACGGAGACUGAUGGCAGUGUCAUCAACCCGGCGGAGCGCAACAACAUCGUCGGCAUCAAGCCUACCGUCGGCCUCACCUCGCGUGCGGGCGUGAUCCCCGAGUCCCUGCACCAGGACACGGUCGGCACCUUCGGCAAGACCGUGCGCGACGCCACCUACGCCCUGGACGCCAUCUACGGCGUCGAUUCCCGCGACAACCAGACCGCCGCGCAAAAGGGCAAGACCCCCACCGGUGGGUACGCCCAGUUCCUGACGGACAAGUCGGCUCUGAAGGGCGCCGUGUUCGGUCUGCCGUGGAUGUCGUUCUGGCAGUACAACGACGCCGCCCAGAACGCCCAGCUGAUGGAGCUGCUGGAGCUGAUUGAGUCGGCGGGUGCGACCAUCAUCAACGGCACCGAGCUCCCCCACUACAAGGAGAUUGUCGACCCCGAGGGCUGGAACUGGGACUACGGCACCUCUCGGGGCUACCCCAACCAGUCCGAGUACUCCUACGUCAAGGUCGACUUCUACAACAACAUCAAGGAUUAUCUCGCCGAGCUGAACAACACCAACAUCCGCUCGCUGGAGGACAUCGUUCAGUACAACAUCGAUAACGCCGGUAGCGAGGGUGGCCUGCCCGGGGUGAACCCGGCCUUUGCCUCCGGACAGGAUGGCUUCUUGGCGUCGCUGGCGACCAAGGGUGUGAUGAACGAGACUUACUGGCAGGCGCUGGCGUACUGUCAACGCACCAGUCGGGAGGAGGGCAUUGAUGCGGCGCUGCGCUACCAGGGCCGCAACAUCACCGCUCUCCUGGCCCCGCCGGACUUUGCCCCCUCCGUCGAGAUCGCCGCCCAGGCGGGUUAUCCCGUGGUCACCCUGCCGGCCGGUAUCAACGAGGACUCGCACAUGCCCUAUGGAUUGGCCUUGUUUGGUACUGCCUUCUCCGAGGCGACCCUCAUCAAGUACGCCAGUGCCAUCGAAGAUCUGCAGCUGUCCUCGCAGACUCCCUGGAAGCGCAGCCUGCCCACCUGGAGCGGGUAUCUGGAGCGCAACAUCCCCGUGAACUAAGGGGUCUGCCGGAGGUGUGAAAAGGUGGGGUGAAUGUGUACAUAUGCGGUGUUCUCGAUAGACUUAUAAUAGUAAUAGAUCUUCGUCGCUGUG